AUGCCGACUGCCAAUGGCAUACGAAGGUCAACUACCAAAGCACACCCGCCCAACGCAGAGCGACUUCACCACAGAAUCAAUGCUUCUGGAAGUGUGCAAGCGAUCGUUGUGGAUGUUGACGUUCUUUUCGCAGGAUUGCAAGGUGGUGAUAUUGUGGCAUGGUCCUUGGAGACCUACGAACAGCAUGCCAGAAUAAAAGCUCACCAUCAAAGUGUUUUGGGGUUAAGUCUAUCUGAUGAUCACAAAUUACUCUUUUCUACAGGUGUCGACUCGAUUGUGAAUGUAUGGGAUUCCAGCUCACUCCAGCGGCUAUAUUCUUUGCACUCUCCUUUUGAAGUCGGAGAUAUAUUCUGUGUUGCGUAUUCAUCGAGCAUACAAACUCUAUUUUGUGGCGCACAAAAUUCUAGCAUCCAAUGGCAUCAACUGUCGACCCCAGCAGUGCACAAUGGGACUGAUAACGGAGAUCCAGGCUCGCGACAACAUAGGUUCUUUGAUUCACUGGGUCCGGGAGGAGCACCUAAUCUUCUGUCCCAUGAUAUUGAUGGGACAGUCCGCGCAGCUGGCGGCCAGAUCCUGACAAUUGCCAGCAACUGUUACCAGACCUACGCCCACAAGAGCUACAUAUACUCUAUGGUUUUGGCGAAAGGACUACUCGAAGAUGAGUCAAAACAGGAAGCUCUCGUCACGGCAGAUGGUGGCGGUACUAUCAAGGUUUGGGCCAUUAACAAUCUCUACAAUGAUGGUCUGAAACUGCUGUUCAAGCUCAAAAGUAAAGGAUUGAGCAUAUAUACUCUAGCAUACAAGCCACCCUUCCUGUACGCUGGACUAUCUAAUGGGAAGGCACACAUCUAUAACCUUGUCUCACAACAGCUUGUGCAGAAAGUGGAUGUCUGUGUCGCUGAUGUUGCUCAGAUACAGAUCUUUGGAGGGGGACUGUAUUGUGGUUCAAACGAUGGCAUAGUCACGAACAUCAACAAUAGAUUCGCAAAAGUAUCGUCUUGGCAGGCACACCAGGGCAAGAUACUUGCGACGGCUAUCUCGCAACUCGACAAAAGGAAGAUGCUAGUGACUGGCGGAAACGACAAUACGAUCGCCUUUUGGGAUAUUUCAGACCACGAUGCACAAGCUCGAUCCCAAACCAGCGGCAACGACGAAUUGUUUUCUAACCUCAGACAGUUUGUAUCCUAUCGAACUGUGGCCAAAAACCCUGCAUGCAUUGGAGAAUGCCACGAAGCUGCAAACUUUUUGCGUAAACUGUUCAAUGCAUUUGGUGCAGAGACUUCCCUAAUCUCGCCCCAAGAGCAUGUGAACCCGCUCCUACUUGCCAGGUUCGAGGCUUCGGUGCACCCGCAACGAAGGAAAACCUUGCUCUUUUACGGCCACUACGAUGUAGUGGACGCAGAAGCAGAUGUGGGUGGCGCGAAGUGGUUUGCUGAUCCGUUCAGCUUACAUCCAUUGAACGGCUACCUAUAUGGUAGAGGUGUUACAGAUAAUAAGGGACCUGUUCUGGCUGCAUUGCAUGCUGUCGCCGAGCUUGUGCAGGACGACUGUCUCGCCUGUAAUGUGGUGUUCUUGAUAGAAGGUGACGAGGAAGCAGGAUCUCGAGGAUUUGAAAAAGUCGUUAGAGAUCACAAAGUAGAUAUCGGAAAGAUCGACUACGUCCUCCUUUCGAACAGCUAUUGGCUUGACGAUCACAUCCCAUGCUUGACUUUCGGCAUGAGAGGUGUGGUGCAUGCCAACAUCGAAAUCACUAGUGGCAAGCCUGACCAGCACAGUGGCAUGGAUGGUAAAGCCCUCCAGCAUGAGCCACUGAAAGACCUGACCGUUUUGCUUGCGUCACUCAUUGGGCAAUCCGGUAUGGACAUACACAUCCCCAGAUUCUACGAUACAAUCGAUCAGCUACAACCUUCAGAAUUGAGAGCCUACAGAGGAAUUGCAACAGCACUGAUGGCGGGUCAUCCUGAAAUCAAGAACGAAGACGCUUUCACGCAGUCGUUGAUGCAGAGAUGGAGAGAGCCAAAUCUCACUGUCCAUUCCAUUACAGUUCCCGAGAGCAAGACAGCAGUCACAAUCUCAUCUCGGGCAAAAGCAGCCUUGUCGAUUCGAAUAGUGCCAAGUCAGAAUGCCGAAGAAAUUGCUUCGAGUCUGAAGAAGGUGCUUGAGCAGCAGUUUGAUCUGCUCGAGAGUCGAAAUACCAUCAAUGUCAGCAUUACAGCCAAAGCCCAUCCCUGGUUGGGUAAAGUCCACAGCGAGAUCUAUGAGGAGCUGCGAGAUGCCAUCAUGGAAGUCUGGAGUCACGACGAAGCUUCUCAGAGACAAUUUGCAACGUCCGACGAUCCUACGUCUCCAAUCACGUCGCCUACUCUGCGCGCUAGAGGUCGAAGAGCAUCUGUGUUGACAUCCGCAGGCACGUUCACGGCAGCCAGCAUACCGCAUGAACCACUCUUUAUCAGGGAGGGUGGCUCGAUACCUGCCAUAAGUUUUCUGGAACGUGAGUUCGGAGCACCUGCCGCGAUGUUUCCCAUGGGACAAGCUAGCGACAAUGCUCACCUUGAUAACGAAAGAAUUCGAGUCGAAAAUCUUUACAAGGGUCGAGACGUGCUCAAGUCGUUGUUCUCGAGGCUAGGGACGAGGACGAACUUCAGCCUACGCAACCGAGCAUCUACCGUAACCAUCUAA